CCACGGCUGGUUUCGACAAUCGGGCAACGCGGCGAAUACCUGACCCUCAGCUACGUGUGGGGCGGGGACCAGAUCCACAAGACCACUAGUACGAACCUAUCCAUGUACGAACAAGGUAUCGCCCCCUCCAUUCUCCCCCCGACUAUCCGCGAUGCAAUCUACGUCACACACAUGUUGGGCUUUCGAUGGCUCUGGGUUGACAGCCUAUGUAUCAUCCAAGACUCGGAAACGGACAAGGCGCACGAGAUCGGCCGUAUGCAUCACAUCUACCGCUACGCGCACCUGACGAUCAUUGCCGCCAUCGCGAAGAGCGUCAACGAGAGCUUUCUCCAGGAACGACCAUUUGACGGCUAUACGAUGGCUCUCCCUUUCCUCUUCCCUCCGUACUCCACGACCACGAUAGGGCAGCCAGAAGACUGCUCGGCUGCACAAUCUCCUCGGCCUAAUUCCAAAGAGCGGGAAGACAUGCACACGGCCUGGAUGAGGGUUGUCCGGGACUACACCAACCGUUCUGUCAGCGUGGAGUCGGACAAGCUGGUUGCGUGCGCUGCGCUUGCGGAGCAAUUCCACCCUUUCUUAGGCUCUGACUACCUUGCUGGUUUGUGGCGCUCGGACGCGCUCCUCAUCCACCUACUAUGGAAGGCUGAUGGGGCUACGGCGCAGCAAUUUGAGCUCCUACAUACUCGCCCAACAACCUACCGGGCACCGUCAUGGUCAUGGGCGGCGAUCGACGGACCAACCGAGUAU